CCCGCCGCCGCCUCCGCGCGCCGCCGCCGCGGCCACAUGCUCCCCCGCCUCCGCGUCCUCCUCCCCGGAACCCGCGGGCUCAGCACCGCGUCCCCCGCCGAGGCGGCGCCUGCGCCGCUCUCCGCCGCGGAGCUCGAGCUCCUCCUCCGCCGCGACCACUACUCCGCCUCCACCCGCAGGUUCCACUCCUUCCUCCCGCUCCUCUCCCACCCUUCCCUCCUCCUCUCCUCCGCGCUCCUCCUCCGCCGCCGCGCCCACCCCUCGCUCCACUCCCCACCACCCGAGCCCCCUCCUCUCGCUCCCGCCGCCGCCGCCGCCGCCGAAGCGAUCUCCUCCCCAUCCUCCCACCUCCGCCUCCUCCUCCCCUCCCGCGUCAAGGGCCGCCCGCUCCCCGUCCCCACCCUCCCGCUCCGCCUCGCUACGCUCUCCGCCGCAUCCGCCCUCGACGCCGUCUUCGCCCCGCGCGCCGCCACCUUCGCCUACCGCGCCCGCCACGCCGCCGUCCGCUACCUCCGCUCCAUCCCCAACGCGUCCUGGUUCUUCCGCGUCGCGAUCCCGCGACAGCCCUUCGGCCCUCGUCACGUCCGCCGCCUCCUCAGCGCCAUCUCCGGUAAGGUUGAUGAUCCAGGCUUCGUGGAAUUCCUGCGCGAGCUGUUCGCUUCCGAUGCCGUAGCGUUCGAGCUCGGCGGCUGCGAGCUUGGCCGCGGGCUCCCACAGGAGUCGGAGCUCACCGCCACGCUGCUGAACAUAUUCUUCGAUCCUGUCGAUAGAGAGGUGAUCGCCAUCCGUGAGGAGGUGCACAAGAAGAAUCCUAGAGUUAAGGAUGACAGUGUUCUUCACACGCCUGUGAGAGUGUACGCGGUGCGGUAUCUCGAUGAGAUGCUGGUUGUGACAUCUGGUUCGAAGAUGCUCACGAUUGAGGUGAGGGAUAGAAUCCUUGCAGUCCUAGAGAGGGAUUUGGAGGUGAAGGUGGACAAAUUGGGGAGUUCAGUUCAUAGUGCGGAGUCGGAGAAGAUGGAGUUCCUUGGUAUGGAAUUCCAAGCGGUACCACCAUCAGUCUUACACCCACCCAUGUCAGAGAAGGCAAAGAGGGCAAGGAAGAUGUAUUUGAAGCGCAAGGCGGCAAAGGCACAGGAGCUGAAGAAUGCUCGGGAAACACGGAGGAAGAAGCUUGGACUGAAGAUAUUGAGCCAUUUGUUCAAGAAGGUGAGGCGGGGACAUGAAUUCGAGUUUGAUUUCCAGAUUGAGAGUGAAGUGCAGCAGCUGUUCAAGGAGUGGGCAGAGGAGGUUGUCACUGAAUACUUCAAAUCACCAGAGCAUUGCAGAUAUUGGCAUCGAUUGCUCACUUCAGGUGAUUUUUUGUCAUUGGCUAGGGUGAGAGACCAGUUGCCACCAGAAUUGGUGGAUUCCUACGACAAGUUUCAAAAGACACUUGACAGGUUCUUGAUGCCCAUGAGAGACCGUGGUACAUCUGAUGAAGAGGAGAGGCUAGCAGAGGAGGAAGAGAGACAGUAUGAGAAGAGGACUGUUCAGGACUUGACAGAAUUGAAGAUGAGGGUCAAUGCGCCAAUAGAGCUGGUAAGGAAAGCAGUAAAGUUGGCUGGGUUUACAAAUUCCAUGGGACGGCCACGGCCAAUCAAGCUACUAAUCUGUUUGGAUGAUACAGAUAUUAUCAAUUGGUAUGCAGGUGUUGGGAGGAGGUGGCUUGAUUUUUUCUGCUGUUGUCGGAAUUUCAAGAUGGUCAAAACUGUUGUUAGUUACCACUUGAGGUUCUCCUGCUUCUUGACAUUGGCUGAGAAGCAUGAAUGCACCAAGAGGCAAGCAAUUAGCCAUUACUCAAAGGAUUUGAAGGUGACAAAUGACGAUGGAGUGGCUGAAGUGCACUUCCCAACAGAGCGCGAGAUCAGGAUGAUGGGUGAUAAGAAUCUAUCUGAUCCAAAGCCUGUGGAUGGAGCCUUGACAAUGAUCUUUGUCAGAUUAGCUGUUGAUGACACCACCUAUCCAUGUGUGGCACAUUUUUGUGCUGAAACAGACACUGUGAUUUAUCGAAUACGUUUACUCCAGAAUCGUCUAAAUGUAGAUCCUCUGAAUGAGAAGAAGUGGGUCCAAGGGCUAAGUGCCAUUCACGAGAGUUUAAACAAGAAAUGCCUCCCUUUGUGCCCCAUGCAUGCAAGUGAUCUUCUUCUUGGCAAGAUUACUCUUCAAGAUAUUGACUGUACUCGAUUUGUUGAUGUGGAGUAAAACACACUUGCAUAAUACCUCUUGGGAACACAUGUAUCAUGCAUUUAUUUGUGGUUCUUGCCAAGUGCAUCUAGUGUUGAUUGCCCUUGGUGGAGUGCGUCAUGGUUAGAUCCAUUACAGUCCUGUCAUGUAGUAGAAGAAAUGCUGGCUUUCUUUUCCAGAGGAAUGUUGCUACUUACUAGUGUUAGCGUAAAUUGUAUGCGGAACAACUUCAUAUCAAUGCUGCUCAGUUGGUUGAUUCUGUUAUUGAUUUGGCAAGAAAUCUCGUGAUACCAACCGAACUGAUUGUUAUGGUCAGGAUGUAUCAUCAUGAUGAGGUGCUGUCAUCCAUGGUCAAAGUGGUUUCCUGCUUCUAUCUCACAUGGCCAUGUAGGGAUAUCAGCAUGCUAAACAGGAAGCUGUUCAUGAUUGUUGUCAUGGUCUUCUUGACAUGAUAGUUUUCCAGACACUCCAUGAUCUCACAGUAGCUACCGAAGCUGCCGCAGCAUGCAUCUAACAACCAUCUUCAGGUACGUCACAUCAGCCCAUUGUGCAAACGUGCUGCGUCCUGCAUGAGACGCCUAAUUGACUGUUUAUCUGCUUUAGAUGUUAUAUCACCGAUUAUUAACAGGAUACAUGGGCCCUAGUAGCAGAGCCAGACGUUGAUGUUGCAUUUGCAGUUGGACAUAUCACAAGAUCAUAUCCAUCGUUUUGAGAACAGGGUGAUAAUCUCUGCCGGCAACGAUGAUUUUACAUGAUUGCUGAUCUACGCAGGCUGGCAUUGGCUUCCAUGAAAUGGACGACAAGGCAACAGGUCCAUGCCGACGGUGGAACAUAUUUGGUGGUGUCCGGAGCACAGCGGCCGUCGACACCUCGUAUGCACAGGACCUCGAUCAAAGCCUCAAAGGCAGGCAGAUUGCGACUGCACGGGGCGCGACGUUUCACGUCAUCAUUGGGAGGAGGCACCGGGCGAGUACAGCAUCCGGAUUUCGAACUGAUUUAGUGGUGGGCGCACGUGAACUUCAGCGCAUGCCCCACGCUCGCUGCGCUACACCCCAUUCUCCCCAAUGACCAAGAAAUAUAAACAGAUCAUGCCAUAUUGCAAGCCAACCAUAAAAUAUUCGAGAGCGUGGCAUCCUCGACCUCCACCAGGACGUGCAGACCUGCGGGUACGAGGACGUGCAGGUGAUGUGGAACAUGCUCAGCUCGGAGAAGGAGGCGGCGCCGCCGCCGCCGCGGAAGCGUGCGUUGUGGCGGCUGCGGCUGCCGGUCUGGCCCGCCGCCGUCUGGUCGCCGCGCGGCCGAGGCAUGCAGCAGCGUGAACCGAAUCCUACUGCCGAUUGCAACUUCGCCAUGUAAAACGGAGAGAGGGGCAUCUCUUCCUCUGCCUGACUGCCUCUGCAAUUGAGAUGUUGCAAGAUACUGUGCCAAAUUGCUCAAUGGCUCGUGAUGGCCUGAUCUAUUGUGUACAAAGACUCUGUAUAUAGUUCAGGGCAAUGUGUUGCUUUCUCUGCUGCUCCGGUGCUUUCGGUUGGUUUUCUGACUUGUGAUGCGAGAUGCAGCAGAUUCGGGUGGCUAUUCAGUUUCGAUAAUCGAAAAAAACAAGAAAGAGAUAAUAUCGAUUAGUGCGAGUUUUAUAAAA